AUGUCGACGCUCAGCCAGGACCAAGAACCGACCCGAUCCGCUGCAGGUGGCCGGAGCGAGCGAGCGGGAUACCCGGCACGCUCCAGCCGCGCGCUGCUGUACGAAAUAUCUAGCGCUGCUGACUGCAAGGACAUGGCCACGUGCCUGCUCGCCUUUGCGCAGCGCUACCGGAACGACAUCACAGAAGACCAGCGCGAGGCCCUGCUCGACCUGCUGCUGACAAGAGGGCACAAGAGCAUCAGCCCCGACGUCAGGCGGGAACUGCUCGAGGGCAGGGGCCGCGGCGUCGUUGCCGACCCGGCCGCCGCCGUCGGCGUCGACGGCGACGAUACCAUGGUCAUGGGUUGA